AUGCUCAAAUUUUCGAAUUUCAAUAUUUCCAUAUUUACAGAUUUCCAAUUCCCAACAAUUCCCAAAGUUCCAGUAAUCCUCGGAAUUGCUGCUAUCUCAUCACUUGCCGUCGUCGGUCUGAUUCUCUAUUUCACUCUUCCAACGUCUUCAGAACCCGCUCCGAAGUUUGAAGCACUAGUUGGUGGAAACAAAUCUACUACACCAGGUCCAUCUACUGAAGAUCCCAACAAACCACCGAAACUGAUUUUCGCGCAAGCGCUUUUCCGCCACGGAGCUCGUGCACCAGAUAAAGGAUAUCCCCCAGAAGUCGCCAAAUAUUUUCCCAGAGGCAGAGGACAAUUGACAGAUAUGAAAUGGUUUUCAAGGAGGAUGGAUCGUGUUCUGAGCACUGCUUCGACAGUUGGAGCAGCCAUGUUUCGUAAUCCAAAGCAAAAAUACACUUCUGUUGCAAUCCAAACAGAAAAUGAUAGGGACAAUUUUUUACUAAAUUUCCCGAUCCCGUGCAAAGUUAAGACUGAUUAUAGGAAUAAAACAUGUCCAGAUCUGUUGAGAAAAGACAACAAAGAAGAUAAAUAUACAACCGCUCUGAAAUGUCUUGGACCAUGGCCAUCAAUUUUUAACAAAUUCAACGUUACUGAUAGCGAUAUGUAUAUCAAUAUGGUACGAAAUGGUGUUCCAGUUUCUCAGGAAGUUCGUGAUAACUAUGCGGAAAUAUCCAAAGAAUUUAUGAAAGUUAGAAAUUAUUUGAACGGACUCUAUAGUCGGGAAUAUAUCCAAGUCAAAUUUGGAGUGUUGGUUGAUAAGAUUUUGAGAGAUAUGGAAACAGCGUGGGAACGGUAUCAGAGGAAAAUCCACAAAAGGAAGUUUAGGGUCUACUCGACGCAAGAUUGGGUCAUGAGCGGAAUCCUCUCGGCAUUUGGUGUCCACGAGCAUAUUUUGGCGCAUGGACCUCAGGAAGAGCCAAAUUACAACACACUGAUUCUAGUGGAAUUGUGGAAGAAAAAUGGAAUACCUUAUGUGAAAUUUCUCUAUAAACCUGAAGAGGAGACUCAAUUAGAUCAUAAGUUGAUGGAUUUGACGGGUGUCAUACCCGGUUGUGAUGGGAAAAAGAAGUGUUCGUUGAAGAGAUUCAACAAUUGCUGUGAUAACACACGUGCAAGCAAGAGAACUCAGAAGAAAUUAUGUGCGUUUCCAAAACCUGUUACCACGAAUUCAAGUACUAUGAUUACUCAUAAUUCUAGAUAA